AUGGCUGGCGGAGGAGUUGCAGGUAAGGUGGAAUUUGAGGGAACGAAACGGUUGGAGGAAAUAGCGGUAUCGAAGUUGUUUGACUUUAUUUUGCAUGACAUCGAAGCCGUGGGCUGCUCUCUUCAAUGUGUAGCUAUUUGGCGAUGCAGGAGGCCAUAUGAGUUGGUAGCCAAUGAGAAGGCACAAACAUCAUCUCAUGCAGCCACCGAUGAGGUUGACCUCGAUGAAUUGCUGGAUGAUCCUGAACUGGAAAAACUGCAUGCAGAAAGAAUUGCUGCUUUAAAGAAAGAAGCUGAGAAGAGAGAGGUACUGAAAAGGCAAGGUCAUGGUGAAUAUAGGGAGAUAACUGAAGCUGACUUUCUCGGUGAAGUGACCGGAAGUCAGAAAGUCAUCUGCCAUUUCUACCACCGUGAAUUUUACCGUUGCAAGAUAAUGGAUAAGCAUUUGAAGGCCUUGGCACCAAUUCACUUUGAUACAAAGUUCAUCAAAUUAGAUGCUGAAAAUGCACCAUUCUUUGUUAAGAAACUAGCUAUUAAAACCCUGCCAUGCGUUGUCUUGUUCAGGAAUGGGAUUGGCUUUGAUAGGUUGGUUGGGUUUCAAGAUCUGGGCAGCAAAGAUGAUUUCACCUCCGGGGCAUUAGAACACCUCUUCAAGAGGAAAGGUAUUAUUGAUGAAAGGAAAGGCGACAAUGAUGAGGAUGCAGAAGAGGAGACAGGCAAUAGUCGAAGUAUUAGAGCUUCAACUAAUGCAGGUUCUGAUUCAGACUGAAAUCAAGUGGAAAGAAUGCAAAGAACUAAAAAAAUUGCUCGUCUUUCUUUCUUGUUAUUCGGUUGUUUCUUGUGCCACUAGAAAAGUUUUUGUCUCUUUUAGGUGAUUUGUUUUUUAUUUGCAAUUGCUUUCUAUGUACUUAAUCAGAAUUAUUUGUUGGUGUAUAUUGAAAUUUGGUUAAAUCAGUUUUGCGAUGGGUUCAGUUUAGGAAAAUUGAGGCAAGGCGUGAGCUAUUCUAUGUAGACCUUUGAACCUGAUAAUAGGCUUUAUUUUGUAACGUCA